UUCAAGUGCUGCCGUGAACUCCUGCCGGCGCUGCGCGGUUGCAGAGGCUCACAGCCGUGACGCAGCAGCAGCAGCAGCAGCGCUGACUGAGGGCAGGCAGCAGCAGCGUCAUGUGAGCCUGAUGAGCUCAGCGGUUUGUUUACGCAAUGGAUAUGCGGCCGGGGCCGGCGUGGGACGUCAAGGUGGUGCGUGCGGUGGGGGCUGGCACACGCGCGCUCUUGUGACUGCGCAGGCUUUGCACCGGAGCCUUCAUCCUCGGUUUGUUUUUCUUCAGGCUCUUUUGUGUCCUGUGUGGGCGCUCAAGACCCCACGCCGGGCUCAGCCGAGCAGGGAAUAUAUUUGUAUUUUUUUUGCUUUUUCUGGAGUUUUUGUUUUGGUCAUGGACUCUAAUUUCCAGGUUAAUGAAAGUAGGUGGAAACUUAUGUGUGAGCUUCUGUUGAUGUGACGGCAUGACUGAGGACAACCACGAGGGUUGUCCGGGGAAGUGAGGGAUGCAGUGAGGAGAAGCUGAGACGUCCAGCAGGAUGCAGCGUGUCGCGCAGGAGCAGCCGCUCUCCGUCGCCGCGGGGAAGCCGCUCGCUCCCACCAACGGGAAGGAAGAGGAGGUGAACACAGAUUCCAUGGAGGAGGAGGCGGAGUUUAACUGGGAGGAGUACCUGGAGGAGACGGGAGCCGAGGCCGCCCCCCACACCACCUUCAGACAUGUGGAGAUCAGCCUUCAGAGCAGCUUCCAGCCGGGCAUGAAGCUGGAGGUGGCCAACAAGAGCGGCCCGGACACGUACUGGGUGGCCACCAUCAUCACCACCUGCGGACAGCUGCUGCUGCUGCGCUACAGCGGCUACGGCGACGACCGCAAAGCCGACUUCUGGUGCGACGUCAUGACGGCGGAGCUGCACCCCGUGGGCUGGUGCGCCCAGAACAGCAAGACGCUGAUGCCCCCCCAAGAUAACAUUUACCUAAGAACAGCCAUCAAGGAGAAGUUCAGCGACUGGACAGAGUUCCUCGUCCAGGAUCUGACGGGAUCCCGCACGGCGCCGGCCAGCCUGCUGGAGGGGCCUCUGCGGGGGAAGAACACCAUGGAUCUGAUCCUGGAGGGAUCCGUCAUGGAGCUCCAGGAUCCUUCAGACCCCUUCCUUUAUUGGCCGGUUCGAGUCGUCCAGAACGUGGGAGGCCGGCUGCGCCUGCGAUACGCCGGCCUCUCUGAAGACCACCAGGACCUCUGGCUGUUCUACCUGGACGUCAGGCUCCGCCCAUUCGGCUGGGCCCUGGAGAACGACCUUAAAUUGGAGACACCUGCAGAGUUCAGAUCUUUGAGGAGCGCCGCUGAGUGGCAGCAGGUUCUGGAGGAGGUCCGGCUGGACAGACAGAAGAAUCCGCUUCCACUGGAAGUCUUUAAGGACCACGCGGACCUUCCCAAACACUCCUUCAGGACGGGGAUGAAGCUGGAGAUGGUUUCUCGCUGGGAGCAGCUCCAGAUCUGUCCCGUCUCCGUUACCAAGGUCUACGAUGACGUCUACUUCCAGGUGACGCUGGACGAUCUGUCCGAGGACUCAAAGCCGCGCUCCGUGGUGUGUCACGCCGGCUUGCCGGGGAUCCUCCCCGUGCAGUGGUGUCUGAAGAACGGCGUGGCUCUGGAGAAACCCAGAGGCUAUGAGGGCCAGGACUUCGACUGGGCCGACUACCUGAAGCAGAGCGGGACGGAGGCGGCUUCUGAGGCCUGCUUCCCUGAUACAUGGCAGAACAGAGGCUUUGCCAAGGACAUGUGGCUGGAGGCGGUGAACCCUCGGCGGCCGGCGGAGGUGUGUGUGGCUCAGAUCGUUCAGGUCAGAGGACGCCUGCUGUGGCUGCGGCUGGAAGGCGUCCCCAAGCCGCUGUCCGAGUGCAUCGUGGACGUGGACUCCAUGGAAAUCUUCCCUGUGGGAUGGUGUGAAGCCAACUCGUACCCCCUGACGUCUCCGCUCAAACCUGUUUGCCGGAAGCAGAAGCAGAUCGCAGUUGUGCAGCCAGAAAAACAGUCGGCGCCGUCCCAGCCGCUGGAGGUGACUCCUGUGAACCACUGCCAGCCCGUCGCCAUGGAUACAGGCUCGGCUAACGGAAGAUACUGCUGCUCCAAGAUCUUCGUCAACCACCGCUGCUUCUCGGGCCCCUACCUCAACAAGGGCCGCAUCGCGGAGUUGCCGCAGGCCGUGGGGCCGGGCAAGUGCACGCUGGUCCUCAAAGAGAUGCUGAGCAUGCUGGUCAACGCCGCCUACAAGCCGGGCCGAGUCCUGAAGGAGCUGCAGGAGCUGGAGGAGCAGAGCUGGGACUGCCAGGAGGAGACCCUCAAAGCCAAGUACAAAGGGAAAACGUACCGCUCCACCAUCAGGAUCGUCCGGCUGGCGGAGCAGAUCCCCGAUUUCUGCCGGAGGGUGUGUCUGAAGCUGCAGUGUUGUCCCAACCUCUUUAGCCCCGCCCUCGUCGCCGACAAGUGCCCGGAGAACUGCUCUGUUCAAACCAAAACCAAAUACACGUAUUAUUAUGGGAAGAAGAGGAAACUGCCCAAACCGGCGGGGGGAGAGGAGGGGCUGGGGGAGGAGCCGACCAAACCCACUCGCCGGAGGAAGAAGAGGAAAGCCAUCUUCGUCCAGAAGAAGAGGCGGUCGUCGGCCGUGGACUUCACUUCUGCCGGCUCGCCGCAGGACAGCGACGAAGGAGAAGACGAUGAAGACGCCGCCCUGCAGUCCGGCAGCGAGGGAACCAGCUCAGAACCUCGGGACGACCACACGGACGCCUCCUCCGUGGAGAUAAGCAGCAGCCGUCCUCGCCGCGCCGCCACGCUGCGCCACGCCGUCAGCUCCGGAAACCCCGCCUUCAGUCAGGAGGCGGCGGCCGGCCGCAGAAGGUCCACCCGCUCGCUGUCGUCCCACAACCAGAACGCCGCCAAAUACCAGCUGACCAAAGAAGAAGACACACAGGCUGAGGAGGAGGAGGCCCAGCUGGUGCUGGACAGGAACCCUCUGGACUGGAGCGUGGACGACGUGGUGCAGUUCAUCACCGCCACCGACUGCGCGUCGCUGGCGAACAUCUUCAGAGAGCAGGACAUCGACGGUCAGGCGCUGCUGCUGCUGACCCUCCCCACCGUGCAGGAGUGCAUGGACCUGAAGCUCGGCCCCGCCAUCAAGCUGUGUCACCAGAUCGAGCGCGUGAAGGUCGCCUUCUACCGGCAGUACGCCAACUGAGCGGAUCAGCCGCCUCCGACUUGGACGGUCGGAAACGUCUUCUAGGAAAAGCACAAACUGAACAUUUGAGGAACGUUUUUACGACUGCCUGAACUCCAGAUUCUGCUUCAUGACGCCGGAUCUUCUUUAGUCCAGACUCCUCCAACGGGAGUCUUACCUGCUGCCUUUGACUUGAUCGGUCCAGAAAAACGUAUUCAAAACUAUUUAACCAAAUAAGGCCUAAUAUAUUUGGAGUAUUUAUUGGUAUCCUUAUUUAAAAGGAGUAAUAUAUGGAUUUGGAAAAACAAAAAUCAAACAGGAACUUUUUAUCUGUCAUGUUUUAGACCCCCACCAAAAAAAAGAUCAACCAUCUGAGCUACUUUGAGUCCAUCUAUGCAAUCAUGUUGCAGAUAUUUUUGAUAAUAAAAUACAUUUCUAAUGAUUUUUAA